UCCUCCUCCUCCAGACUCCUCUGUCCUCCUCCUCCCACCAGACUCCUCUGUCCUCUCCUCCUCCCACCAGACUCCUCUGUCCUCUCCUCCUCCUCCAGACUCCUCUGUCCUCUCCUCCUCCUCCAGACUCCUCUGUCCUCUCCUCCUCCUCCAGACUCCUCUGUCCUCUCCUCCUCCCACCAGACUCCUCUGUCCUCUCCUCCUCCCACCAGACUCCUCUGUCCUCUCCUCCUCCUCCAGACUCCUCUGUCCUCUCCUCCUCCUCCAGACUCCUCUGUCCUCUCCUCCUACUCCAGACUCCUCUGUCCUCUCCUCCUCCUCCAGACUCAUCUGUCCUCUCCUUCUCCUCCAGACUCCUCUGUCCUCUCCUCCUCCUCCAGACUCCUCUGUCCUCUCCUCCUCCUCCAGACUCCUCUGUCCUCUCCUCCUCCCUCCAAACUCCUCUGUCCUCUCCUCCUCCCACCAGACUCCUUUGUCUCCUCCUCCCACCAGACACCUCUGUCUCCUCCUUCCUCCAAACUCCUGUGUCCUCUCCUCCUCCCUCCAGACUCCUGUCUCCUCCUCCCUCCAGACUCCUGUCUCCUCCUCCCUCAAGAAUCCUCUGUCCUCUCCUCCUCCUCCUCCAGAUUCCUUCUCUUACUCCAGACUUCUCUGUCCUCCGCCUCCCGACCCCUCCGCCUCCUUAUACUCCAGACUUCUCUGUCCUCUCCUCCUCCUCCAGAUUCCUCUUACUCCAGACUUCUCUGUCCUCCUCCCGACCCCUCCUCCUCCUUAUACUCCAGACUUCUCUGUCCUCCUCCUCCUUAUACUCCAGACUUCUCUGUCCCCACCUCAAGCAUCAUACAUUGGGCCCCGCUGUCUUCUUGUGGGGCAGGUGCCAUAUAUGGAGUCCUGCUAUCUACGUGUGGUGGGGAAACGCGUCAUACAAUGGGCCUCACUGUCAUGGGCCCCGCAGUACACGUGUGAGGGAGACAUCAUCACACCAUGGGCCCCGCAGUACACGUGUGAGGGAGACAUCAUCACACCAUGGGCCCCGCAGUACACAUGUGGGGGAGACAUAAUCACACCAUGGGCCCCACAGUACACGUGUGGAGGAGACCUCAUCACACCAUGGGCCCCGCAGUACACGUGUGAGGGAGACAUCAUCACACCAUGGGCCCCGCAGUACACGUGUGAGGGAGACAUUAUCACACCAUGGGCCCCGCAGUACACGUGUGAGGGAGACAUCAUCACACCAUGGGCCCCGCAGUACACGUGUGAGGGAGACCUCAUCACACCAUGGGCCCCGCAGUACACGUGUGAGGGAGACCUCAUCACACCAUGGGCCCCGCAGUACACGUGUGGAGGAGACAUCAUCACACCAUGGGCCCCGCAGUACACGUGUGAGGGAGACAUCAUCACACCAUGGGCCCCGCAGUACACGUGUGAGGGAGACAUCAUCACACCAUGGGCCCCGCAGUACACGUGUGAGGGAGACAUCAUCACACCAUGGGCCCCGCGGUACACGUGUGAGGGAGACCUCAUCACACCAUGGGCCCCGCAGUACACGUGUGAGGGAGACAUCAUCACACCAUGGGCCCCGCAGUACACGUGUGGGGGAGACAUCAUCACACCAUGGGCCCCGUAGUACACGUGUGGAGGAGACAUCAUCACACCAUGGGCCCCGCAGUACACGUGUGAGGGAGACAUCAUCACACCAUGGGCCCCGCAGUACACGUGUGAGGGAGACAUCAUCACACCAUGGGCCCCGCAGUACACGUGUGAGGGAGACAUCAUCACACCAUGGGCCCCGCAGUACACGUGUGGGGGAGACAUCAUCACACCAUGGGCCCCGCAGUACACGUGUGAGGGAGACCUCAUCACACCAUGGGCCCCGCAGUACAUGUGUCAGGGAGACAUCAUCACACCAUGGGCCCCGCAGUACACGUGUGAGGGAGACAUCAUCACACCAUGGGCCCCGCAGUACACGUGUGAGGGAGACAUCAUCACACCAUGGGCUCCGCGGUACACGUGUGAGGGAGACAUCAUCACACCAUUGACCCCGCAGUACACGUGUGAGGGAGACAUCAUCACACCAUGGGCCCCGCAGUACACGUGUGGGGGAGACAUCAU